GCAGCAGAAGAAGAAGAGGAGGAGGAGGGGAAGAGGAGGAGCGGACGCAGAGAAACGCAGGUCAGCCCCGCUGUGCAUGUAAACACGGCGAUGUCGGAGUCUCCGGACGCCCGCAGCCUCCUCUCCGCCUCCUCGCAGCUCAACCUGACGGAGAUGGACGCGAUCGAUGAUAAGGAGUUUGACAUUCCCCAAGUAGACACACCUCCCACUCUGGAGAGCAUCCUUAACGAGCUGGAGGAUGAGGAGGAGCCUUUUGUGUUGGAGGAUACCUGCCUGCUAAACACCGACAACAUGGAUGCUCACUCCUGUGACACCUCCUCUCUGGCCAGCUCUGACAGCGGAGACCCCGCGCACCUCAAAAGGAGGAGGAGGACCGUGGAUCUGAAUGCCGCCGCUCACGGGUCUGUUCUCCGACACGGCCUGCUGAAGGGCAUCUCUGCACAGAUCGUGUCCGCUGCUGACAAAGUGGACGCUGGACUGCCAACGGCUAUAACGGUGGCCGGUGUGAUUGCAGUGGGGACAUCUCACGGUCUGGCUCUGGUCUUCGGAAAAGAUACCAACCAGGCUCUGCGGCUCUGUCUGGGUACCAAGGCAACGGGGGCGGAGUUUGGAGCCGUCUCCGCCCUCAGCAUCAACCACGAUUGCUCGCGGCUCCUCUGCGGGUUCGCCAAAGGGCAGAUCACAAUGUGGGAUUUAGCCAGUGGGAAGCUCCUGAGAACCAUCACUGAUGCACACCCGCCGGGGACGGCUAUACUGCACGUGAAGUUCACAGACGACCCGACUCUUGCAGUGUGCAACGACAGUGGAGGGUCCGUCUUUGAGCUGUCGUUCAGGAGGGUGAUGGGGAUGCGGUCCUGUGACUCCCGAUGUCUCUUCAGUGGUUCGAAAGGAGAAGUGUGCUGCAUUGAGCCGCUGCGGGCUCCUCCAGACUUCAGAGACCACCCCAUCACCCUGUACUCGCUGCUGGCCAUGGCCUCUCUCACCAAGAUUCUGGUCAUUGGACUGAAGCCGUCUCUGAAGGUCUGGAUGACUCUGCCCUACAGCAAGUCGGAUCCGGCCAGUGUUCCUCAGCUCGCCUGGCAGUUUGUUCCCGUCCAGAAGACCGUCAACCCAAUCCUGGCUUUUUGUAAAGGAGAUUCGGUCCACUUCCUCCUGGUGAAGCAGGAGGAGACGGGGACCAUCCAUGUCAUCAAGCAGAAACAACUCCACCUAAGCUGUGACAUCAUCAGCCUCAGUUGGAUCAACAGUCGUACGCUGCUCCUGGUGGACAGCCGUGAGAAGCUGCAGGUGGUGGACCGGCCCAGUCAGGAGGUGUUGGAGACACUGGACUUGGAGCAGGUGCAGCUGGUCUAUAACAGCCGACAUUUCAAAUCGCUGGCAACUGGAGGGAACGUCUCCCAAGCUCUGGCCUUAGUGGGGGAAAAGGCCUGCUACCAGUCCGUGUCGAGCUACGGGGGACAAAUAGUCUAUCUGGGCACCAAGUCGGCUCACAUUAUGACCCUGAGGAAUUGGAGAGAGCGCAUCGACUGCCUGCUGAAGCAGGAGCAUUUCGUGGAGGCUCUCUCUCUGGCCUGGUCCUUCCACGAGGGAGCGGCCAAAGCUGUGGUCGGCCUGUUGGGCGAUCAAAUGAAAAAGAAGGGAGUCGUAGGUGACAAGAUGGUAGAGAUCCUUUUCCAGUUUGCAGACCACGCGUUGAAGAAGUGUCCAGAACAAGGCAAGAUCCAAGUGAUGGAGCAGCACUUCCAUGAGGUGGUUCCCGUCCUGGUGGAUUACUGCCUGCUGCUAAAGAGGGCCGACCUGAUGUUCAACCAGCUGUAUGCUCAGCUGGGGGAGAACACGGUUGCUAAGGGCGUCUUUCUGGAGUCACUGGAGUCGUACAUUGUUGCGGACCGUCUUGGUCACCUCACCACGCCCAUCAUGAGGGACCUCCUGGCCCAUUACCAUAGCAACGGUAUGAUGGACAGCCUGGAGAGAUGCAUAGUCCAUCUGGAUGUGACCAGUCUGGACAUUCAGCAGGUGGUUCAAGUGUGUUGGGAGAACCAGCUCUACGAUGCAAUGAUCUACGUCUUCAACAGCGGCAUGAAUGACUACAUUACACCGAUGGAGAAACUCUUUGCAGUGAUUGGCCCAAAACUUAGAGCGGGGAGGAGCCUAAAAGACGAGGAAGUGGUGAUGGGAAACAAAAUUCUGGUGUACAUAAGCUGCUGUCUGGCAGGAAGGGCGUAUCCACUGGGAGACAUCCCUGAAGAUCUCGUGGUUCAAGUCAAGAACCAGGUGUUUGAGUUCCUCAUCCGUCUCCAUUCGGCCGACUCGCUGGAGGAGGAGGAGGUUUUCCCGUUUAUUCGCACACUCCUCCACUUUGAUUCUCGCGAGUUCCUCAAUGUCCUCGCCAUGACUUUUGAAGACUUUAAGAAUGACAAACAGGCCUUGGAGUACCAGCAGAGGAUAGUGGACAUCUUACUUCAGGUGAUGGUGGACAACCCAGACUUUACUCCAUCCCAGGUGGGCGGGCUCUUCACGUUUCUGGCUCGCCAGUUGGCCAAGCCAGACAACACGCUUUUUGUGAACAGGAAGCUCUUUGAUCAGGUUCUGGAGUUCCUGUGUGGUCCAGACGAUGACUGUAGACACACUGAGCGGCAGCAGGUCUUGCUGGAGCUGCUGCAGGUGGGGGGGGUGGUCCAGUUCAAUGAGGGCCGGCUGUUGACUCUGGCAGAGAAGGCCAAGUUCUACCAAAUCUGUGAACUUCUUUAUGAAAAGAAACAUUCAUAUGACAAGAUCAUUGACUGCUACCUGAGAGACCCCCUCAGAAAGGAGGAGAUCUUCAGCUACAUCCACAACUUGCUGUCGAUGCCCGGCUACGGCCCCGAGGAGAAGCAGACGGUCCGGGACAAAGCGCUUCAGCACAUACAGGAGCUGGUGACCCUUGACCCCAGCAAGUCUGCUGACCUGGUGGUUUUUCACUUUGCCAACGAGGUGCAACAAAUCAUCAGCAAGCUUCAGGAUGACCAACUGCUCUUCCAGUUCCUCAGAUGCCUCCUGGAAACACGGCAAGGCCCUCACUUGGGGACCACCCUGGCUCUGGAACAGGACCUCCAUGAGCUUCUGCUGGACUUAACGUGCCGCUUUGGCCCCGAGCAGCUCCUGCGCUUCCUCCACACCUCCCAGCACUACAGGCUGGAGGAGGCCACGCAGAUUACGCAGAAGUACCACCUCAACGAGGCUACCGCAUAUCUGCUGGAGAAGAAGGGAGACGUUCAUGGAGCGUUUGCUGUCUUGUUAGAGAGACUGAAGGAAACACUAAGUCGCCUCACGGCUGAGAGUGAGAGGAAAGCUGAUGGAGGAGAAGGAAGGUGGGAUGAAGAGGAGGGAGACGGUGCAUCCUCACUGACGCGAGUAAAGGACUCGCUGAAUGACAUCAUUGUCUUAUGUCAUCGGAACUCUGACAGCUUCUACCAGCAGCAGAGAGAGGUUUUGUGGUUUCCACUUCUGGAGACCAUGAUGGCGUCUCAAAAGCGAGUGAAGGGGCUCAAUGACGAUCACACGUUUGAGGUGCUGAAGGAGCUCACAAUGAAGGUGCUCAACUGUAUGAGCAGCUUUAUCUCCCUGCCUGCCAUCAUCCAACGGAUACUGAGGGACCCCGUCUAUGGGAAAGGGAAGCUGGCAGAGAUCCAAGGCCUCAUCCUGGGCAUGCUGGACACGUUUAACUAUGAACAGACUUUACUUGAAACAACCACUAGUCUUCUGAAUCAUGACCUCCAUUGGUCCCUCGCUCACCUGCGCGCUGCCGUCACAAGGGGACUUCACCCGCGACAAGACUUCUGUAACAUCUGCCUCCAGCAGUACAAGAGGAGGCUGGACUCUGCUGAGGAGAUCAUUGUGUUCAGCUGUGGCCACCUGUACCACUACCAGUGCCUGCAGCAGAAGGACUCCGCCUGGGGUUCGACUGCAGAGCUGCCACAGCGCUGGAGCUGCUACAAAUGCUCCUCCAGCCAAGGGGGGAGGGGCGGGCCUUCCAGCGAGCCGCAGAGAGGCCGCAGCACGUCCCUGGCACAGACCCGCGUGACAUCACUGCACCAUGACGCAGGAGCAGAGGCUCGCAGGAGGAAGGUGUUUGUUAAUACAACGUUGGACCUUCAGCAGCAACAGUCCUGGGAUCAGCUGCGGUGUUUAUACCGAGGACCAUCCAGGUUGUCCAUCCUCACAGAACUCUCCCACUGCCACAGCAGUGACAAGACGGGGCUUCUGACGGCAGCCCAAACCGGACCGGAUCAUUUCACACUCAAACUGUCCCCCCCACCCUUACUGGAGGAGUAGCAGCAUGCCUGCUUGUGGAUCACUGGAGUUGGUCAGAGGACGUUCUUCUGAUGGUCCCAACCUUCUACAUGCAUGUGGCACAGUCGUUUUCCAUCGUUCUUUUGUUGGGAGACACCUACAUUGUUUAAAGCCUUAAAACAAACGUUUUGAUAUUAAUAAUAAUUGCUCACUGUGAUUCUUCUGUGUAGCUUUGAUUCCAUUGUUUGUGUAUCACAGCUGGCUCAACCACUUCGCUUGGUUCGCAUGUUGGUCACAGGAUGUCAAAAGCUGAGUCCCGUCAUAGAUGCAAAGAAUGUUGUAACGUUUAUUUCGGCGACGGAAUGAUUCUGUUUGAACUAGUAAAAAUAUCAAGACUCUUUUA